AUGUCGGGCGGCGACCGGGUUGCUAGCAUUUGGGCUCCUUACACGUGGUGGAAGAGUUCGGAAUCUCAGGAUCCAGUCGAUACGGAGUCCAAAGCCAGACAGGACUUGCUCCAUGCUGCAGAUGAUGUCCUAGGUAAAGCCGACAGUUGUAAAGCGGCUGCUCGAGUUGUUGAAAAAAAGACGCUGGCAUAUCAGUCUGAGUACAUCAUAGCCAAGGCGAAAGACUUGGUGAAAGCUACUGAUGAGGUUCACCAUAAGGCUAAGAGUGUGAAGGAUGAUGUAUCUUCCUUGAAUUUCUGGUUGUCUCAAUGGUCUUCGGGAAAAAUCAUAAUGGCUGAGAAUGAUGCCAAAAGGGUUCCUUCUAAAUGCUCUGGUUGGUUCACAUCAAUAGAGCCAAAUGAUGAUGAGGAUAAAGGAAAGAAGAGCACUUGGUCAUCCUGGCUCCUGUGGCUCAUUUUCCAGAGCAAGACCCUGAAAGAGCCUGAAACUGCACAGCUUGAAGUGCAAGGAAAAUCCAAACAGGAAGGGAUAGAGAAAGAGAUAGAUGUCCAAGUUGAUAAGAACAUCUUGCCAGAUAAGAAUGCUCUUUCCAUGGAGGAGUUACUGAAGCACAUCCAACCCAUAUCAUGGUAUGAAGGAUUGUGGAGUUCUUUGGAAUUUUUAAAAAACAAGGCACUGAGGCCAGAACUAGAAGAGAUCAUUGCUUGUCCUCAUCAUCAGCCAUCCAAGGCAGACAAAGUGGACAUGCUUCCUUAUGUUCUGCCAGGAUUUCAUGCUUGUAUUGGCCUGAUGAGAGGAGUCUUCAGGCCAAUCACAGACUUGCUCUAUCAGGAAAUACCAGAUGCAUCCCCGUUGACUGCUCAUUCUCCACCAGUGCCAAUUCACACCUUGGGUGGAACCAAAGUCUUUCAUGUAAAUAAAACAGAAAAAGCAUCACAGGAACUCAAUAUCUUCUGCUAUCAUGGAAUUGGGUCCCGCAGCCCGCAGUACAUCUUCACUACCAUCUCGGCCAGGGUAGAAAUGAUCAAUGCAUCGAAGCUGUAUGACAUUUAUUACGGCCCGGAUGAAGCUGCAGUAUAUCAAGACUAUCAAGAGGCUAAGAGCGGAUGGCUUCUCAGCCUCCUGCGAUUUCCAGUUCGCUCCACACUCUUCAAGCCGGGACUACUCUACGUGGACAACUUUCAGAAGACGUGCAUUGGAAUCGAGACCAAAGAUGCCUAUUUAUUGAGCCUUGUGAAGCAAAUAAUUGAUCCUUGGCGAGUGAUCCUGCUUGGUGCUGGGAUGGUGAUGUUCCUCAAAGCAGGGCAGUUAAGUGAGAGUAAUGCUGUGUAUUAUGGAACAGGAGUCUGCUUUGGCAUCAUGACAAGCUUGCUUCUCUUAUCACUCAUUUGCAGCAGAGUUGUUCCAAGAAAACCAGUAGCGGUGGGCCUCCUCCUUGGAGGCUGGUCCCUGAGUGUCUAUAUAUUUCGAAUUUUCUUUGAUAAUUUUUAUCAUCUGGUCACUCAAUACCGCAAUUGGCUUCUCGGAUAUGCAAUCAUCACUGGUGUCCUCACGUUUGGAUUUUUAUACCGUUUUCAACCGCUUUCAUCCUUGAUUGGAGUGUUCUAUAGCAGUCAAAUGCAAGAGUUCAGUUUUUUGGUCGUCGUGGGCCUCCUUAUUUUCUACAAUUUCCCAACCCGCUGGAUCAAUUACAUCAGGGCCCUCUGGAACUCCACGUUCCCGGUGCGGCCACGCCUUCUGACGCAGCAGGAGUACAUCGAUCAAGGUGUCAGGGAGACAAAAAAAGGCCUGGAUGAGCUAAGAAACUAUUGUAAGAGCCCAACAUCAACUCCAUGGAAGCAAGUCCAACGACUGUCCAAUCCCAAAAGGUGCCCCUGCUUGUCGGUAUCCCCACGGUUCCGUUGUCGUUCAUCCAGGUUUGCUGAAUUCGUGGAAGGAGGUUCAGACAUCAGUGAUGAUGAAUUGCUGGAUUAUAACCACAGUGAUGUGAGUCUUCCAAGUGAUACCCUCGCCAGUGGAGGCGAAGACGACGAGCUCACGGACAUCGACGACGACGACGACAUGGCCGAACGUCUAGUUGCGGACGAGAGAGAGGAGAGGUCGAACCAUCACGCCAAGUUUACGGGUCGGCAUCGUCCUCCGCUUCGCACCCUGUCGCCUCCUAUUUUUUCUCCAUCUUGAUCUCUCCUUAGUUCUUCUUGCUCUCAGGUGAUGCUCUUACUAGUUUUGUGUUCUGUUUGACUGAUCCAAUUGACAAGACUCAUUGAAGAGGUGGAUUUAAUUCUCUGCUGCCUUCAAGGAAAUUGUGAUAAUAAAGAAGUACAAAACCCUCUUUCGUA